CCGAAUAGACGGCCAUUGUUUGGAUAGAAUUUAGAUUCGGAUACACGCAAGUCCUUACAUCCAUUGUACAUCGGUUGGUUAUUCCAAUUCUCACUCUAGGGAUGUGAGUAGGGGAUGGAAACAUGUAUCCGAUAACCAAUUUCGAACAAACGUAGCGCUGGGAAUAUAAGCAAAUCGGACGUCGAGAUUUAUCUUUGCGGGCCUGGUACCUAGCAAGAGGGAAUGCACAGUGACAAUCUUCUACGGCCGAUUAUUGAAUCAAUAUCUCUCCCCCGAUUACCUUGCAGAUAAGCUGCAGCCCAGAGGCUGUGCAAGGCACCGUACAUCAAGUAGCCAAGGGUAUAAUUUAGGGCAGUGGGCCAAUAACGAGAUACAAUUCGGUCAUGGAGCAAGCUGAAGACCUGCUGUGAUGCUUACUUCGCUGCGUACGCGGGCCGUACCGUGACUCCGUGAGGGAAAUAUCUGAUUUAUGGAAUUAUGGAAGCAAAAUGCUGCGGGGAAAUGUCCGCAGAAUCACCCCCACCAGCCCCCAAUCCCCAACCAUGUCAGAUGUAAUCUCCCCAUCGAUCCCCCUCUUUCAAUGCUUGUUUUGCUUUGAACGUGAGAAGUGGAGCGCUCCGGCUAAAUCACUUGUGCUCCCGACCCAUCUUCCCUUAGGUUAGUGCGCCCGCUAGCAUAGGAACGAAACCCUAUUUCUACCUCAGUGCCCUUUCCCACCCUUACCUUCACAAUCGCCCUGCAUAUCACCAUCACAUCCAGUAGAUGGACUGCCCACUGUAGGCUAGCAUGUUUGCCUACGAUUCCUCGAAGCUUCCAGGCUUCCAGGGGGUAGGCCGACCUUUCACACCACUUCUUCCUGGCCAUUCUUAGCAUACCAUACCAUGAGUUAAAUCCCGGCACGUACACAGGCCAGAAGGCACAGAAAAGGCUACAUGGGCCCAUGUAACAUCUAAGGUCUGCUUAGCUGGGCGAAGUAGCUGGGCGAAGUGCCUGACCUCGAUCCGAGAGCAAAAGGGCACAGUCCAAUGGGAAUAUUGUUGGUGUCUUCUGGUGUCGAUCACCGCCGUUAAAUCGGAAGGUGAAUACGUAACGUCAAGUGUGCUGAAUAUGGAGGUACUCGCUCGAAGGGUCACUCUUGCUUGUUGAAGCUCCCAUGUCAGCCGUCGGUUGCCUUUCUCGGUUGGUGUGCUGAUACGCAGCCAACAUCCAAUGAAGAAUACAUCAAUAGUCAGACCAGUACUCCUUAGUCGGGAGCCGGUCCAGAGUCUGACAUGGUUGCCACACCAUCUCAAUGUACAGUAGUUUUCACCGACUAUGAAUGAGUACAUGGGACGGUUUGGUCGAGAUCCCUCCUUCAUGGAAGUGCCACUCGUAUGGUAUCAUCGCGCUAUUACUUGGGGGCACGCCAACAACUAUGUUACUGGUCUUCUGCAACUACUACCCAAGUAUACCUUCAAACAUCUCGAAUGAAUCAUUAUAGACGCAGAUUGUUUCCGGACAGUCUUCCUACAGCGAAGAGCAUACCAGAAAAUAUGGGGUGAAGUUGGAGACUGUCCCACGGGAGCCAAUCCAUUGUUCCGGAAUCUCCAGCUUGUACAAAAUCGCAUGCCGCAUGCAGUAUGGAAAUGACCAGCGGCACAGUCUGCACUAAAGUCAUUAAGGUCGACAUGCAGAUUUAUUGCCACACUCUGCAGGCCAUCGCCAAACCUUUGCUUUGAAGGUUUGGUCAUUGUAUUAAAUUUGCACUGCAAGGGCAGUAUGCAGGUACGAGGCGUAGACUCGACGAGUCUCGCUUCGACUAGCCUCCUAUCGCGUUACUAUGGGGGAAGGCACACAACAUAUCUAUUUUCCAGAUUCGGCAAUAGUGUAACACAGCUGAGAUUUUGGAUUCCUGUUGCGCCCCAUCGAACCUUCUCAGUGGCAAGUCAGAUGAGCAGUCGACAUGGGACGAACUAUUGAUUUUACUCACCCCCCAGCCGCUCCCGUGAUACUGCUGGAUUUUACUGCAAUGGGCAGGUCACAAUAUUCUGACGUGAGAUACAAAUCAGAGCAGGGUAUCAUGCAAGGCUCAGGAUUCUUGCCUAUUCGUACUAGAACAUGCUACCCAGUUUAUCCGGACCAUUCAUAAUUGUUUUCACUGUUGCUGAUGGUAGACCUGACCUUAGACGCGAACCUAACCGAGCGGAUAACCACCACAUGCAGAGAUCUUUGCGUGGCAGCCAUAACCUACAAACCCAGUAUCGACGUGAGCCUUUCUCACGCAGCAGAGCCCCAGGCUUCAGGGGAUCUUCAGGGGGCAGCGAUGCUUUUGUCGUUGCUUACCUAGGACGACGAAUUGCCAUGAUAAACAUUUCAUAAAGACGCUUCAUCGGCGUGGAGAACUUUCCUGGUUUCUAACCAACUCUCAUUCGGAUCUCAGGGAUUCGCUCUGAGUCUGUCGACGCCCAUCAUGGCACGGGAUCUUCGACUUUUUCUGUUGUUGCUACUUCAAUGCAUCUUCACUGCGUCAACUACGCCGGAUUGGAAGCCUUCAUGGCAGGCAGGCUAUCCCGAUGUUCCCGUCUAUGGACCACAGCCCAACGCACCUUAUAUGGUUGACAAUACCCGCAAUUACUUCCAUGUAGCACCAGAUAAAGGGAAGCAAGAUGGACCAACAUGGCCAUACUCUGGUAGCUUGAAUAACUACUUGUCAAAUCUGCGGGCUAACAGGGUUGUUCAUGGCGGCUUCCGAAAAAAUGACGCAGGUGUGUUUGGUAGCAACUUCACUCAUGCUUUCAACUUCACACAUGCCCAUAAUACUACUCAUACCCACAAUAAGCGCCAAAAUGGGGGUUUAUAUUGGCUGCCAGGUCUAGCAAAGUUGGGCAGUCAACCAUUAGCAGGCUCAGGAUACACCUUCUUCAGAAACGUCGUAGAUGAUUACAAGGCUGAUAACACGGGAAAUACCGAUGCUUCUGAGGCCAUCAAUGCAGCUGUAUCCGAUGGGAAUCGUUGUGGUAAGGAUUGUGGGAAUACGUUCACACAAGGCGCUGUCAUAUACUUCCCUGCUGGCACGUAUCGCGUCUGUGUCCCCAUCAUUCAAUUGUACUAUACACAGUUCAUUGGUGAUGCCCUAAAUCCGCCCACCAUUCAAGGAUGCGAAAAUUUCAAGGGCAUUGCACUCAUCGAUACCGACGUGUAUAUCCCUGGGGGCUCCGGUUCGCAAUGGUUCAUCAACCAAAACCAGUUCCUUCGUCAAAUCCGGAAUUUCGUCUUCGACUUGACGAAAAUGCCUAGCUCCACGGCGGAUAAUGACCAGCCUCUGGUACCCACUGGUAUUCAUUGGCAAGUGGCCCAAGGGACUAGUCUGCAAAACCUAGUCUUUAACAUGCCAAAAGCUACAUCCGGAAGCAAUACAACGCAUGUUGGAAUUUUCACAGAAAAUGGCAGCGGCGGUUUCGUUUCAGAUCUCACUUUCAAUGGCGGUAACAUCGGCUGGCGGGCUGGUUCUCAGCAGUAUACCUCUCGCAACCUCAAGUUUAAUGAUUGUUUGACAGCAGUUCAGAUGAUCUGGGACUGGGGUUGGACAUGGCAGAAUAUUCAAAUUUCGGGUGGGGCUAUUGGUUUCAACAUCAGUGGAAUCGGCGGUUCCACCGGGCAAGGAAUUGGGUCAGUUUCCAUUAUCGAUAGCGCGAUCAGCAAUGUACCUGUGGGCAUUCUCACCAAUGGCAAUCCUACAUCCCCAAAUAUCGUCCUUGACAACGUUGCCGUCAACGGUGUCGCCAAUGUUGUUCAAGUCUUUGGCGGCAGCAACCUUCUCUCUGCAUCUGGCAAGAUCGACCUCUGGACCAUCGGAAAAGUCUAUGAUGGAGGGGUUGGCUCGUAUUACUCUGGCAAAUCAGCUACGGCACCUCGGAAAGCAACUCCGCUUUUGGUCAGCGAUGGCAGUCUUUAUACACGGUCCCGGCCACAAUAUGAGUCCACCCCUGCCAGUGGAUUCUUGGUAGCAACCAGAGACGGUCUCUGUAAGAACGAUGGUUCUGGGGACCAAGCCAGCUGUAUCAACUCGUUUCUUCAGAAAGCUGUAUCCUCCAAGCUCAUAGCGUUCUUUCCAGCUGGUAUUUAUCAGGUUGGAAGCACAGUUCUCAUCCCUACAGGAUCACGAGUCCAAGGAUCCAGCUGGUCUCAAAUUCAAGGCUCCGGUUUCUAUUUUUCUGACAUGGCAAACCCGAAAGUAGUGGUGCAGGUAGGAAACAAGGGUGAAAUUGGAACCAUGGAAAUUGUAGAAAUGCUGUUCAGCGUCCGUGGCAAUACCGCUGGUGCUGUUCUCAUGGAAUGGAACGUUGCUGCUGCUACCCAAGGCGCUGCGGCCAUGUGGGAUUCCCAUUUCCGUGUUGGUGGCGGGCUAGGAACAGAUCUCGAUCAGAAGAACUGUCCCAAAUUUGGUUACAAUGACCAGUGCAUCGCGGCAGCACUCAUGUUCCAUGUGACUAAGCAGGCUUCGGGCUAUUUCGAAAACGUCUGGGCCUGGGUUGCGGAUCAUGACAACGACAAGGUGAUGGUCAACCAACCAGAUUCAUCUUCCAGCCAGAUCAGCAUAUACUGUGCUCGUGGAAUGCUCAUUGAGUCCCAGGGGCCAUCUUGGUUCUACGGUACUGCUUCUGAGCAUUCAGUUAUGUACAAUUAUCAAGUGAGCGGAGCCAAGAACAUUUUCAUGGGCCACAUUCAAACGGAGACGCCUUAUUACCAACCCGUUCCAAUUGCCCCUGGGCCUUUUUACCCCGAUAUCGCAGCAUCUUUCACCAAUGAUCCGGACUUUAGCAACUGUCAUGACGACCCGUCUUGUGCAGCUACAUGGGGUCUACGUGUGGUCAACUCGGAUUCAGUUACUGUCCAUGGUGCGGGACUUUACAGCUUCUUUCAAGAAUACUAUCAAGAUUGUAUCGACACUUUCAAUUGCCAGCAGCGUAUAUUAGAGGUCACUGGAUCGACUGGAGUUGUAAUAUUUAACCUCUACACGGUUGCCACGUCCGAAAUAGCUACCGGUGUCCGCAACAGCGCCGUCUUUCAGAACGACACAAAUCAGCGCGGCUUCACCACUGAAGACAGUAUUUGGAUUCCCAUUCCUGGUGCAGAUAACAUCGAUACGGUAUUUGUGGGAACUCCUGUGUGGACUUCGACUACGGUGACAUGUUCUGUGGCUUCUUGUCUCCUCGUCUUCCCAACGAGCCCGUUGCCCAAUCCUACCACCAUAACUCCAGGAGGUUAUCCUACCUCGUUCGAGUAUGGAGCAACAAGCUUGGUUACGACAAAUGGCGUGGUCACAGCUGUAUUUGUCACAACAACCUUAACCACCACUCUUCAAAUUCCUGUUGUCACUGUUACUGGAAUGAGCUACUCCAACUACAAUAUCACCAGUGGGGCAUCGAGUUUUGUCAUUUCCGAAAGUGUAGACAUCCCUCCCAUCACAAUCGGGUUACCUGACGGAAGUGGUGGAACAACUUCUAGAGUCAUUCCACUUCCACCAUGGCCACAGAUUCUAGGAGGGCCUACGGAUUCUGAGUCCACUGCAGGAGCUACUUCAGGUGUCAGUAAUACAUACUACACCGGUUUGACAGCGACAGUCGUCGUGAAUGGUCCAACUGUCACUACCGUCUCCUUUCCGACCGGCAUUGCGCCAACGACUCUUAACUGCCCCCCACAAAGUGCCAUCAUUUUCGCCACACCUUCUGUGACCGUAUUCAGGGACUGCCCGGUUCCAACCUCUUGGAUCUUCAGUUAUACUUGCCCGACCACAAAGAUUGUCACUUUCUUAGCUGCAACGACCGGCCUGGUGCAAGUGGACUGUAGCUUCGUCACACUCUGGCCACCAGCACCGACAUCUACGCCUCCAACUACAACAUCCACGACGACUACUCCACUCCCGGUAUGGACGACAUGGCCUCCUGGAGUCAUUGUUCCAAUAUCCACCUCGGUCACGAAGCCCACUCCCACGGGUUCCGGAGUAAACAUGCCCUGUAAAUUAUGGUUCUUCAACAUCUGUAUUUCAUUUGGAAAGAUAAAUAUUGGUGGAUGGUAUUGGAGUUUCCCUCCAGGAAUAUAUCCUGGGCCGAUUCCUCCACCAAUCGAAUGGCCACCAGGAUUUACUCUCAAAGGUACCAUGCCUCGCUGGCCAACCAUAACCAUUGGGCCAGAUCAUAUACCAACAUACUCUUCGGAGCCGAACAAUGAAUGCAAGACCGAGUCUGCUUCUAUUUGCUCAACAGGAACGUCAUUCCUCGUCACUUCGCCGCAAGGAAAGCCACCAUCAACUACUGCUACACAAACAACAUCGGCUUGCCUGACUGUCUAUGGCUGUUCUGUGAGCGAUUCUGGGACUACGGUGACCCAAACUACGAUUGCUUCGUGCUCUGCAAGUCCUAACGCAAAGGCGAAAAGAGCCGGCGAUGACCCCAGCUGCACUAUCGAGAAUGCUAUUGUGUAUCCCCUCACUCCAGGAGAUGCUCCAUCCGUUGCUCGACUAUUGACCAACAAUGGGUUGAGAUUUGAUACUAUCCAGUCCACCAAUCUCGGCUAUACAGGUUAUUUCUGGGUACGAAAUCUACCUUUCAACAUCAAAAGUCUGCUUCUGAAUAGUCCCCCAAUUGCUUCUGUGUACUACUAUGGCCAGUUCAACCAGGAGAACCCGAAGGGUCCUAACGAUGAUGUUUCCCAUGGUUUGGUUUUGAGAGAAGCCUUACAUGCAGAUGUGUUUCCCGGCCCAGAAAUCCCCAUGUCUCAGCCGUCAUCUCGGUACCCAUCAGCGAAUGAGUCUUCAUACGAUUCUGGUGACUCGAAACUAUGGAAGAGAGCAGCUACUUCAAGUGCUAUGAAAUUCUGGAAUCCUGCUUUCGCGUCAAUUCCGCCUGGGGCAGUAUGGAGAGGGACCGGUGCGACCUUUGACCCAGACUUCUGGACGGGUGUCAGGGAUGGCACGUACACAUUUCACUACGACGACUCGGCAGGGGAAGGAAUGACGGUCUACACUAUAGGAGAAGUUGGCAUGUCUCCGACACAUCCCGAAUUUGCUGGCAAUGUCCCGAGAAAGCUGCGGACAGGAAGCACAUACGGCUACACUCCCUUCGUCUUUGAUCAGAAUACCGUGCAUAGCGUCGGGAUAGCAUCAGUCAUCGAGGGUGUAAAUCUUGGACUCUGCAAGAAAUGCUCUGUCGUAUAUUCCAGCUACGUUUACCCGCCUGCUGGGACAGAGAGUCCUCGAGAUUGGUAUCUGGAAGACUUGCUCGCUGCCUGGGAUGAUAUGAACACCGGGGGUAGGACACCUGCAACCUCAAUUUUGAAUCUUUCUUGGGGUUCGCAGGAGAAUUUCUGGGUUCCGGCUUUUAUCAAACGACUCUAUUACAUCCUCAAAAAAAUGGAUCAGGCCGGUGUUACAAUUGUCGUUGCGGCUGGCAAUUCGGGCAACAUUGGGCGCAAAGCGGUAGACACAUUUCCCCAGUUGUUUGCGAAGUCUGGAGGAACAAGUCUUACUUCGUUUUACCAAGAUCCAAACGAUUCACAAGAUAUUGGGUACUUGCCGAACUUGAUUGUGGUUGGAGCUACGAACGACUACGGUCAGGUAGCGGACUUUUCCCAAACAGCCGACUUUGUCAACAUCCAUGCCGCGGGUUUGCGGGUUGAUGUUGCCGGAACGGAUCCAACAAUCCGCAAUCCCUAUGGGACAGAGUCGGGUACAUCAUAUGCUGCACCACAGGUGGCAGCGCUGGCGGCUUAUCUGAAAAGGCUUCCAUCGCAGUGGCACGAUCAAUUGAACCGGGCCGACUCAAGUGGACCGAAAGCAGUCAAAGCUCUGAUCAACGAGUUACAGCGCGUAAUUACCCCAAGGACGCCGAGACCUAACCAAGUCAAGACUAUCUGGAAUGGCAUGUCUAAAACAACCAAUUGUUUAUUGGAUUUUCCAGGCGGCAACGAAGAGAAAGGGUGCCCAAAUCUUCCUUCAGACAUCACAUCUUGUGGCUCAGGAAAUGCCGAAGCGCGAGAUAUUCGAGAGGAUGACAUUGUUGAGAGACAAUCAGGACCAGUAUGUUCGAUUCCGGGAAGCGGAAAUUCUCCGAAUGGUGAGGGUGGCAAAACAAUCACCUUUACAAGCGGACCGACUCCAGGGCCGACUUGUGCCAGUUCGUGUGGCGGUCAUCUCUGCUCGGGAUAUUGGUGUUCUCCUACACCAACAGGUGCACCACCAGGCUUCCAAGACCCAAAGGAUCCAAGUUCCACGGGCUUCACUGCAUCUCAAACAACUGUCACCUCGGGGUUCAGCACAGGCGGAGGAACGACUACAACGCCUACUACCACAAGUAACCCUCCAGGCGGCACACCACCACCAGAGCCAACCGCCAUUUUGAGGAUCAUGUGGGAUUCAGAGGCAUAUGAAGGUGCUGUGGCCGGGUUCAGUCAAUGGUGGUUUUUUGCCAGACAGUAUGGCUUUGACUGGUCCACUGGUAACGUCUGCGACGCCGACGGUACGGUAUACGCGGAUGACAAUAUCAACGCCAACAACAUUCCUUUCCCCGAUGGUACAAUUAAGAUGCCUUUCAGUAUUCUUGGGACUAGAGAUUGCACUUAUACCGGAACUAAGACUGCUCCUGGAAAGCUUACUUGUCCGGACUUGACAAGUCCAGUACAGUGUGAGGUGGAUACUUAUGCGGGCUCGCAGUAUGGUGUUUGUUUUGCAGAUCAGGGGACGGAUACUACUUACUUCAAGGUUAUGUGUCUGUGGGAUUAAUAACGGAUGCAACAUUCUUUUUGUUCUUUACUCAUAUUCUUUAUCAAUUUUGUUUCCAACUUUUUUUUCCCAAGUAUAGUCUGAUUCUAUAAGUACGCCUGCGCUUACUAUCAUAAGAAGAACAGAAAUAAAUUGAACAUCACUUUGUUCUCAUGAAACACUAAAGUGCUGCUGUUUCGUAGGAGGCACUAACUAAAGAUUGGAAGUUUGGCAGAGGUUGGAGGAUUACAUGAGACAUUUAUGGAAUCUGCGAC